GGAGGAGCAGCCCGCCCUCCAGCCCGGCGCCGCCUGGCCUCCAUCCGGCGUGCGCUUGGGACAGCGGCUGUGGUGUCUCCUGGGUCGCCAGGGCAGCAAAGAGGACCCCAGUGGAGGAGCGGGCAGACAUUGAAGAUGGGCGAGAAAAGUAAAGAGAAAGAAAAGAAACCAAGUGUCAGUACAUUUGCUAUGUUUCGCUAUGCAGGUAGGCUUGAUAGGUUUUACAUGGUGGUGGGAACUUUGGCUGCUGUUAUCCAUGGAACUGCACUCCCACUAUUGAUGCUGGUGUUUGGAGACAUGACAGACAGCUUUACAAAGGCAGAAAACAAUAUUUCAUCCAACAAUCCUAACCAAAGUAUGAUCAACAAAACCCUGAUCUUCGGACAUCUAGAGGAAGAGAUGACCACAUAUGCCUAUUAUUAUACUGGAAUCGGUGCUGGUGUGCUUAUUGCUGCUUACAUCCAGGUUUCAUUUUGGGGUCUGGCAGCUGGAAGACAGAUACACAAAAUUAGAAAAAAGUUUUUCCAUGCUAUCAUGAAGCAGGAGAUAGGCUGGUUUGAUGUGCGUGAUGUUGGGGAGCUGAAUACCCGCCUCGCAGAUGAUAUCUCCAAAAUUAAUGAAGGAAUUGGUGACAAAAUUGGAAUGUUUAUUCAGUCACUGGCAACAUUUUUGGCUGGUUUUAUAGUGGGAUUUACACGUGGUUGGAAGCUGACUCUUGUGAUUUUAGCUGCCAGCCCUGUUCUUGGACUCUCAACUGCAAUCUGGGCAAAGGUGGUGUGGUACAAUAAUAAUCUAGAAGAUGCUAAAAGAAUUGGGAUAAAGAAAGCAAUCACUGCCAACAUUUCUACAGGUGCUACUUUCCUGUUGAUCUAUGCAUCAUAUGCUCUAGCCUUCUGGUAUGGGACUUCCUUGGUCCUCUCAAAUGAAUCUUCCAUUGGACAAGUCCUCACUGUCUUCUUUUCUGUAAUAAUUGGGGCUUUCAGUGUUGGACAGGCAUCUCCAAACAUGCAAGCAUUUGCAAAUGCAAGAGGAGCAGCUUAUGAAAUAUUCAGAAUAAUUGACAAUGAGCCAUGUAUUGACAGCUUCUCAACAAAAGGCCACAAACCAGACAAUAUUAAGGGAAAUUUGGAAUUUAGAAAUAUCCACUUCAGUUACCCAUCUCGCAAAGAAGUCAAGAUCCUGAAGGGCCUCAAUCUGAAGGUGCAGAGCGGGCAGACCGUGGCCCUGGUUGGCAACAGUGGCUGUGGGAAGAGUACGACGGUACAGCUGCUGCAGAGGCUCUAUGACCCCUCAGAGGGCACGGUCACUAUUGAUGGGCAAGACAUCAGGACCAUAAAUGUGAGGUAUCUGCGAGAAAUUAUUGGUGUGGUGAGUCAAGAACCUGUGCUGUUUGCCACCACGAUAGCUGAAAACAUUCGCUAUGGUCGAGAAAAUGUCACCAUGGAUGAGAUUGAGAAAGCUGUCAAGGAAGCCAACGCUUAUGACUUCAUCAUGAAACUGCCUCAGAAAUUUGACACCCUGGUUGGAGAAAGAGGAGCGCAGCUAAGUGGUGGACAGAAGCAGAGAAUUGCCAUCGCACGUGCCUUGGUUCGCAACCCCAAGAUCCUGCUGCUGGAUGAGGCCACAUCAGCCCUGGACACAGAGAGUGAGGCAGUGGUCCAGGUGGCCCUGGACAAGGCUCGAGAAGGCCGGACCACUAUUGUGAUAGCUCACCGCUUAUCCACAGUUCGCAACGCUGACGUCAUUGUUGGGUUUGACAAUGGAGUCAUUGUGGAGAGAGGAAACCAUGAUGAACUCAUGAAAGAGAGAGGUGUUUACUACAAACUUGUCACAAUGCAGACUAUAGAAAGUGGAGAUGAAUUAGAAAAGGAAGUAUCUGCAUCCAAAAGUGAAGGUGAUGCCACGGCAAUGUCUUUAAAAGGUUCAGGAUCCAGUCUAAAAAGAAGAUCUACUCGGAAGAGUACCAGUGGACCACAAGGAGAAGAGAAACAGCUUAGUACCAAAGAGGCCUUGGAAGAAAGUGUACCUCCCGUUUCCUUUUGGAGAAUUCUAAAGCUGAACAUAACAGAAUGGCCUUAUUUCGUGGUAGGUGUUUUUUGUGCCAUUAUAAAUGGAGGCCUGGAACCAACAUUUGCAGUAGUAUUUUCAAAGAUUAUAGGGCUUUUUACAAGAAAUGAUGAUCCUGAAACAAAACGACAGAGCAGUCAUCUCUUUUCACUAUUAUUUCUAGUCCUGGGAAUUAUCUCUUUUAUUACACUUUUCCUUCAGGGCUUCACAUUUGGCAAAGCUGGAGAGAUUCUCACCAAGCGGCUGCGGUACCUGGUUUUCAGGUCCAUCCUGAGACAGGAUGUGAGCUGGUUUGAUGAUCAUAAAAAUAGCACUGGAGCUUUGACUACCAGGCUUGCCACUGAUGCUGCUCAAGUAAAAGGGGCUGUUGGUGCCAGGCUUGCUGUCCUUACUCAGAAUGUAGCAAAUCUUGGGACAGGAAUUAUUAUUUCUUUCAUCUAUGGCUGGCAGUUGACACUUUUACUCUUAGCAGUUGUUCCCAUCAUUGUAGUAGCAGGAAUAAUCGAGAUGAAAAUGUUGUCUGGACAAGCACUCAAAGAUAAGAAAAAGCUGGAAGUUUCUGGAAAGAUUGCUAUUGAGGCGAUAGAAAACUUCCGAACUGUUGUGUCUCUGACCCUGGAGCAGAAGUUUGAACAUAUGUAUGCACAGAGUUUGCAAGUACCAUACAGAAACUCUUUGAGGAAAGCACACAUCUUUGGAAUCACAUUUUCCUUCACCCAGGCCAUGAUGUAUUUUUCCUAUGCUGCUUGUUUCCGGUUUAGUGCCUUCUUGGUGGCACGUGAAAUCUUAAAUUUUGAAAAUGUUAUGCUGGUGUUUUCAGCCAUCGUCUUUGGUGCCAUGGCAGUUGGGCAGUUCAGUUCAUUUGCCCCUGACUAUGCCAAAGCCAAAGUGUCAGCUGCGCACAUCCUCAUGAUCAUUGAAAAAGUCCCCGCCAUUGACAGCUACAGCACAGAAGGCCUGAAGCCGAAUAUGCUGGAAGGAAAUGUGACCUUCCGUGAUGUUGUGUUCAAGUAUCCCACACGCCCAGACAUCCCGGUGCUUCAGGGUCUGAGCCUGCAGGUGAAGAAGGGACAGACGCUGGCCCUGGUGGGCAGCAGCGGCUGUGGGAAGAGCACGGCGGUUCAGCUCCUGGAGCGGUUCUACAGCCCCUUGGCCGGGACGGUGUUCGUGGAUGACAAAGAAAUACAGCAACUGAACGUGCAGUGGCUGCGAGCACAGCUGGGCAUUGUGUCCCAGGAGCCUGUCCUGUUUGACUGCAGUAUCGGGGAGAACAUCGCCUAUGGAGACAACAGCCGGACUGUGUCACAGGAAGAGAUUGUGAAGGCAGCCAAGGAGGCCAACAUCCACCAGUUCAUUGAAUCACUGCCUGAUAAAUAUGAUACCAAAGUGGGAGACAAAGGAACCCAGCUCUCUGGAGGCCAGAAACAGCGCAUCGCCAUCGCCCGGGCCCUCAUUAGACAGCCUCGCAUUUUGCUUUUGGAUGAAGCUACAUCAGCUCUGGAUACAGAAAGUGAAAAGAUUGUCCAAGAAGCCCUUGACAAAGCCAGAGAGGGCCGCACGUGCAUCGUCAUUGCGCAUCGCUUGUCCACCAUCCAGAACGCAGACGUCAUCGUGGUGAUUCAGAACGGCAGGGUCCAGGAGCACGGCACACAUCAACAGCUGCUUGCGCAGAAAGGCAUC